AUGGAAAAUUCAUUAAGCGAUCACCUAACAGGAAUAACAGAACGGAAAAGACCCCGCGUUGCUGUUUAUAUGAUUCUUGUAGACCUCUGUAGUUCUAACUGUGUUGCUGACUAUGCUGGCCGAAUUUCACGAAGUCCACUCGAAAGCACACCUGAUAAUUCUGAUGCCGAGUCAUCAUUCCCAUAUUCGUGUGACAAAAGGGACCCACAUUCGUCCCCUGUUGUUGCCGAUGAAGUUUUUGAUAUCCAUGAACUUGAGCUCCGUGCUUACAAGUCAACAGUCAAGGCUCUGUAUGCUUCGGGUCCUUUAACUUGGCGGCAGGAGUUCCUGUUAACAAAUCUACGCCUCUCCCUUAACAUUUCCGACGAGGAACACCUACUCCAGCUGAGACACCUUUUGUCUGCUCAAGUUCUGUGA